CUCAGUCAGGCGCUGAAGUGGCACUUUAUCAGUAGUGUCAGUGCGGGCAGCAUCUCUCCUCAGCCCGGCUACAGCAAGCUACAUAUCCUCCUGAUCGGGACAGGACAUUCAGUUUUGCUCCAUCCUGCGGAGUCCAUCCAUGCGACCCGAGCCCGCGUGAAAGCGCACGAUCCACCUGGAUACGCCAGCAUCAGCACCACACUGUUCGGAGAACGCGGACGCACGCAUAGCCACGAGAAUAUGAUGCUCCAGCAGCGCUUGCUUUUCGUGCUCUGCAGCUUCUGUGGGAUUGUCAUUAAAGAGGCCGCAACGAAAAACAAAGUGAAAGGUAGCCAGACUCAGUUCCCCAUCACUCAGAAUGUGACCGUGGUAGAGGGCAGCACGGCCAACAUGACCUGUCGAGUGGACUAUAAUGAUAACACCUCCCUCCAGUGGUCAAACCCAGCACAACAGACCCUUUUCUUUGGGGACAAGAAAGCCUUACGGGACAACCGGAUUGAACUGGUUCGAGCCUCUUGGAAGGAGCUGACCAUCAGCAUCAACGACGUCACGCUAUCAGAUGAAGGACAGUACACCUGCUCACUCUUCACCAUGCCUGUCAAGACUACCAAGGCCUACCUCACAGUGUUAGGUGUCCCAGCCAAACCAGAAAUCAUGGGCCUAUCGAGACCAGCCGCUGAGGGAGAGGACGUCACGCUGACAUGCACCACAUCUGGCAGCAAGCCUGCAGCUAACAUCCGAUGGUUCAGAAACGAAAAGGAGGUGCAAGGUCAGAAGGAGGUCAACGCAACCGGUAGGUCGUUCACGGUCAGAAGUUCUGUACAUCUGAAGGUGGACAGGAAGGAUAACGGAGCCGCCUACACCUGUGUGGUGGACCACAUCGCUCUGGGCUCCAUGCCUUACCGGGUCACUGAGGUGCUGGAAGUUCAUUAUGCUCCUCAGGUAGAGAUCGUGCACUCAGUAAUAGUACCACAGGAAGGACAGUACUUUAAACUGGAGUGUGUAUCCAAGGGCAACCCGCUGCCCGAGCCGGUAUUUUGGACAAAAGAUGGCGGAGAGCUUCCCGAUGUUGAGCGAAUGAUCGUAGAGGGCCGAGAUCUCAUCAUCACAACGCUUAAUAAAACAGACAACGGCACAUAUCGCUGUGAGGCCAGUAACCACCUGGGGACUAACAGCGAUGAAUUUACCCUGUAUGUGUACGAUCCCAACGCUCUGGCACAACAUGUGCCCGACCACGCUCUGAUCGGCGGAGUGGUGGCCGUGGUGGUCUUCAUCACCCUGUGCUUCAUCAUCGUCGUGGGCCGAUAUCUGGCCAGGCACAAAGGGACAUACUUAACCAAUGAGGCCAAAGGAGCAGAGGACGCCCCUGACGCAGACACGGCCAUCAUCAAUGCCGAAGGGAACCACGCACAUGCAGAGGAAAAGAAAGAAUAUUACCAGGGAGCGGCAAGAAAUGUGGUUCAUCUCAAGCCGGAAAACCUUGGCUUUGCCAAUAAUUACGCUUUAAGACAAGAAUACGUGAGAUGUAUAAUGUAAAUAUCCUGUUUUGUCUAUUGUUUUGUGUGUGCGUGUGUGUGUGUGUGUGUGUGUGCGUGCGUUUUUCAUCGUGAAAGUGGGUGUUCUUUUGUUUGUUUUUCGAGUACACCCGGUAAUGAAGAACGUCAUGCGAGAUGCAAAGAACAAAUACAAGCAAUUAUGUAAUAUAUGGACACCAUUAACAAACUGGUUGAUGGAAGGAAAUUAAUGAAGCACAAAUUGGUGUGUUACCAUUAGAAACCAGAUUCUUUUCUAUUUCCAUCAUUAGCUGUCUGUAUAUUCUUGCACUGUUAAGAUUUGCCCGCCGGCUUUCAUUUCAAAACAGAAAAUGUAUCAAACGUAAGCACAAAGUCAUUGUAAGACGUUGUGGUUUUAGGCAGUCUCAGGAUGAAAAGAAGAGCCUAAUUAAAAUCGUCUUUUAUCAUGGUGUGAAUGUAGUUUUGUUUGCGCUUUGUGAACGGUUCAAUGGGAAUCGUUUGUUUGGCAUUUGAAUGGAACAUCGACAUUGUUUCGUUUGAAAUGUUCUGUAUUUAUUUCACUGACGACCCUUGUUAAUAAUAUUGCUGUAUAUUACUUUGCUAAAGUGAUUAUUGGUGGAAUACUGCUAUAGGAUCCCAUAUAUGCAUAUAUAUAAAUAUACAUACUGUAUGAAAAAAUGUUCAAAAUAUCUAUUUCAAGUGUCCCAUACUUUUACAUUUAUAUAAGUAAAGAUGUUUGUUUGUUUGUUUUCUCCCAACACAGGGAAUGUAUAUAACGUGUAUAUUUCAGUAAGUUCUUUAUUUAAUUGAAUUUUCAGUCUUUAUUGCUGGGUUUUCUGCUACAUGUUUGUGAUUCCAUUUUAGCCAGUCAAUAGAAAGUACGUCUGACUCAUUCUUAACACUAAUAAUACAUCAUUUUAGCACUCUGAUGGACAAACAACGCAUUGUUAUUAUGAUUAUUAGUGCUUUUUAUAAGGUGGACAGAUUUGUUCAUGAGAAAGUCAGAACAACUAUCACCAUUAUUGCCUUUGUGUUUGCAACGAAACAUAUGACGAUUCUGGUUAGGCAUAACCUUCAAUGUACAUUUUUACAAGACAUGUUUCAGUGUUCAUACUUCGUUUCACUCUUUAUAACAUCGAAUAGAAUUAAGGCAUUUUUCUAAGAACUUCUCAUUUGCUUUGUUGUUUUUUGCUGUGUACGGGAAAAAAAUGUGUGAGGUUGCUUUUACAUUAAAUAUCCAACUUUUUCAAACUAUGCCUCUGUAAGUAAAGAUGAAAACUCGGAAAGUACUGAGUAAAAUAUGCACAAACUCAGAUUUGUGUUUGCCUCUUCAUGCUGACACCGGUAACCACUAUUAAUGUGCCAACACCACAUUCUUUGGGUUUAAAGACAUACAGUUCCACCUCAAACUAUGUACAAUAAUUAUAUUUCUAGAACGUACAAAGCAGAUGCCACAAAUAUUGACAUGACAAUUCAUAUUACUACAGUGUACACUUAACUGUGAACCAAGACAUCUAUGGAGAAAUGAGCACCAUCCAAUUAACCAUGAGCUUGAAAUGUUCAGCAAAAAAAUGAUUUUCAUUUAUUCAUCCUCAUGUUAUUUCAAACCUGCAUCACAUUCUUUCUUCUGCAGAACACAAAAGAAGAUAUUUUGAAGAAUGUUGGUAACCAAACAAC